AUGCAUAAAGGAUGGAACAGUCUUCAAGGAAGGGUGUGCGUCUAUCUUCGCAGCAUUCUUAAAACGCAACCUGAUAGUUGUUGCUUGUGUUGCAUUUGGUGUAUGCUUCCUCCAGUUGUUAACCGUUAUCAUAACUUGGUUUAUGGUUCGCCAAAUAAAGAAGUACAAAAUUGUGUUGUAUUAACUACAUGGAUAACAGUUUGUGAUAUUUAUCAGUUUCGUUUUAUUUCCUUCUGGCUUUUAUUAAACGAUGCUUUUUUACUGCCUAAAGAAUUGUGCAAUGGUUAAUAAUCAUGUAUUCAACUUCGUAUACCAUAAAUAUCAGUUCCACUGAAAUUCAGUAUUGUCAUUCUCGUUGUUUCAGUUUUGUCAUUCUUAUGUAAAUUGAGCUGCAUUGAUUCCCUUGUAUAUUCAUAACUACAAACAAAUGAUAAAUCAUCUCAAUCUUCACUAUAUAUCAUGUAACCUUGAAAUAUGUGAAUUUCCUGAUUGUGUGAAUUCAGAUAUACGACAUUAUUUUUUGUAAUUUACACUAAUUUUGUCUCAAGAUUACUAAGUAAUUUUGACACGAAAUAUCGUUGUCUAAGACCGCGAUGCGGCCAAAUCAAGUAACAUAUCAAUAGUAAUCAUUAGAAAAUUCACCUUAACAAGAAAUCUCUUCGUUCACUAUAAAAAAUGGUCAAAAUACGCGUCGGUUUGAUGUCUAUAACAUAGUCCUCAGUUCCUCAAGCUGAUACUGUGGUUGGUGUUUAGAAAAUUUGUAACAAAGUAGUAGGCUCGAAUCGGUGAAUGUAUUUGUCAGUCGUUAAUUUAUAUUCAUCUCAGGUAAACAAUUACGUACUGUAGUUCACAGUAUCUCCACUUCGGUUAUUGAAUUUGAUUUGAGACAGAUAGCCAUUCGAC